GCCGUCGCCUGGGCCAUGGCCAAUUACAUCCACGUUCCGCACGGCUCCCCGGAGGUGCCCAAGUUGGACGUCACGGUUCAGGAUCAGGAGGAGCAGCGCUGCCGGGAGGGGGCCCUCAGCCUCCUGCAACACCUGCGGCCGCACUGGGACCCUCAGGAGGUGACCCUGCAGCUUUUCACAGAUGGAAUCACAAAUAAACUUAUUGGCUGUUAUGUGAGUAAUACAAUGGAGGAUGUAGUCCUGGUGCGAAUUUAUGGCAAUAAGACUGAGUUGUUAGUUGAUCGAGAUGAGGAAGUGAAGAGUUUCCGAGUGUUGCAGGCUCAUGGCUGUGCACCGCAACUCUACUGUACCUUCAAUAAUGGACUGUGCUAUGAAUUUAUACAGGGAGAAGCAUUGGAUCCAAAGCAUGUCUGCAACCCUGCUAUUUUCAGGCUAAUAGCACGUCAGCUUGCUAAAAUCCAUGCUAUCCAUGCACACAAUGGCUGGAUUCCCAAAUCUAAUCUAUGGCUAAAGAUGGGAAAAUAUUUCUCUCUCAUUCCCACAGGAUUUGCAGAUGAAGACCUUAAUAAAAGGUUCUUAAGUGAUAUCCCAAGCUCUCAGAUUCUUCAGGAAGAAAUGACUUGGAUGAAGGAGAUGCUUUCCAACCUGGGCUCACCUGUUGUGCUUUGCCAUAAUGACCUAUUGUGUAAGAAUAUAAUCUACAAUGAGAAACAAGGUGAUGUACAGUUCAUUGAUUAUGAAUAUUCUGGAUACAACUACCUGGCAUAUGAUAUCGGAAAUCAUUUCAAUGAAUUUGCAGGUGUGAGUGAUGUAGACUAUAGUCUCUAUCCGGACAGGCAACUACAGGGCCAGUGGCUGCGUUCUUACCUUGAAGCCUACAAAGAAUUUAAGGGCUUUGGGACUGAAGUUACUGAAAAGGAGGUGGAAAUACUCUUCAUUCAGGUCAAUCAGUUUGCAUUGGCUUCUCAUUUCUUUUGGGGAUUGUGGGCUUUGAUUCAAGCCAAAUACUCCACUAUUGAUUUUGAUUUCCUUGGGUAUGCAAUUGUUCGUUUUAACCAAUACUUUAAAAUGAAGCCUGAAGUUACUGCAUUAAAAGUGCCUGAGUAAAGAAGAGAUUUGAUUAUUCUCAAGUAGCUGAACAAUGCUUGUGUAUCUUUUCUUAAGAAAUUUUGAAAAGCCAAUAUUUGUUAAAAUUCUGUUGUUUAAUUUGGUUAUCUUGCUUUACAAAUUAUGCCUCUAAACAACCAAUCUAUUUUUUAAAUAGACUGAAUGAUGUCAAGAAGUAUACCUUACUGCUAUCAGUAUGUGGUGGAUUAGAAGUUUGUUAAAUCUGCAGAAAGGUAUAAAUAUGUCAGUUUAAUCCUUUCUUUGAUAAUUUAAUCUGUUAUAUGUGAAUUAUUUAUUAUAAAUUUAACAUAAGUCUGUGACUGCUUUCAUCUGUUUCAUCUGUUGGUUGAGUGUAAGCAAUGAAAAUGUUCCAGAGAAAAUUUUUUUUAAAGUUUUACUUUAAUAAUAUUAAUUUUAGCAAAAAAUCUAGGUGUUCAGUGUAACCUUUUUAUCUUGAUACACUAUAAGAAAUAUGAAUCAUUCACUCUUGAAAUGCCAGAUACUGGUAUAGAUAGCUUAGGGUGUUCAUAGAAAAGUAUCUGUGUAUGAGGGUAAACUACAUUUACUGUCUACAUUUAGUGGUACAUCUUUUUGAAUUGAAUAUUGGAAAGUGUUUUUCUCGGGGGUGGGGAUAUAUCUUAAAAUUAAAUUCUCCUUUCCAUACAUAGUCUGGCAGUAUAAAUAUUAAUAUUUACCUAUAAUCCUGGAAUAGAUAUACAAUUUUAUGUUACCAAAGUCUGCAUUAAAUAAUGUUUUCACAUACUAAAUAUGGUCAUUUAAGUUGCUAGUUUGUUUCUAAAAUUUGAUAAUAUCACAUUUUUUUAAACCAAAAAUUUUGUUUUACUUAUUGAAAUAUUCUGUGUUUUUGUCUGUUUAGCUAGUAGAACAAAUGCUAAUUUUUGAAACAAAGAUAGAAUGAUUAUCAUACUUGGGAACAAGAAAAUAGCAUUUAGAUAGAUUCUUUUUUACCUUUCAAGAUUCAUUCCUUAAGACUUCGUUUCAUGUUUUAGUUUGGCUCCAUGUCUUUAGAGUGAUAGCAAAUGAUUACAUGAUGUAUGUAGGUUCAGAGAAAUAAAUUAAAAGCAGUUAAAAGAAAUAAGGAACAUUUAGGACAUUGAUCUGAUACACUUAAAAUCUAAGAAAAUGUGAAUUAAACAGAAAUAUUCAUGGUAGGGGGGCUUCUGUUCUAGUUUCUCUUGAUUUUGUUUGUGUAUUUUUUAUUUUGUUUGGGAAUGAAAGGGUGGCAGUUGAAGGAAGUUAGAUCUUUGCAAUAAGUAGGCUUCAUGUUUUGAAGACUGCUUGCUGCUUUGUGGAGUUGAGCAGUCAUGGUUAACUUUACUUAGAAAAUUAGUCUGACAAGCUUUGCACUUUGGUCACAUAAGUGCCCAUGUACAAAGUUGACUUAAUGAAUCUGCAUAUUCAGAAUAUGCAACUACAAAUAUAUCCUCUGAGAAAUCU